AUGAAUAGUUGCUUGAAACCAUUUGAUACUACAGGUUUCAAUGUAUUUUUCAAAAGAGAAUUAAAAGAAAUUAAGACUGGUAUUGAUGAUAUUGAUAGUUUUUUAACAGAGCAUUUCAAAUUGCAAACAUUAAAAAGGGAACAAUCUUUGCGAGCCAUCCACCAACAACAACAACAACAACAACAACAACAACAACAACAACAACAACAACAACAACAGCAACCGCAGCAACCACAGCAACCUCAACCUCAACCUCAACCUAAAACACAUUCAAAUCAAACGAUCCAAUUACAACCACCAAAUUUAAGAAAUCAUAAUACUGGUAGUAACAAUAACAAUAAUAUAAAUAAUGUAACGAUACAGCCUUAUCAACCAAUUAAUCCAGGUGUAAUUGAAUUGUAUGGACCUAGUGGGUCAGGUAAAACAGAGAUGGCAUUAGAGAUAUUAGUAAAUUCAAUCCUACCAUCAUGUGAACCCUUUAAAGGAAAUGAAAUUGGUGUUAUAUAUUUUGAUAAUGAUUUCAAAUUUGAUAUUUUAAAAUUAGAAAUAUUAUUACAAAAAAAGUAUACUCAAUGUGUUUUAAAAAAUAAUAAUAAAAACAAUAACAAUACCAUAAACCCAUCAUCUGAAGAAUUUCAACAAUUUUUGAAAUCCUGUUUAUCAAGACUUUAUUUAAUUCGUUGUAAAGAUAGUUUUCAAUUUUUAGUUACAUUAAAUGGUAUAAAUCAAUUUAUAAGAAAUAUUAAUAAUAAUUUAAAGAAUAAUAAUAAUAAUAAAAAUAAUAAUAAUAAUAAAAGUGAAUACCCUAAUGAUAUAAGUUUAAUUAUAAUUGAUAGUAUAUCAGCAUUUUUUUGGAUUGACCAAAAAGGUGAACCUUUAAAUGUUAAACCAAAUUCACUAUGGAUUGAAGCAAUUAAAAAAAUAUUAAACGAUAAUAUAAUUAUCGUGGCUACAAAGCAAACGAUCUUUUCUUUAAAUAACCAAAAUAGUUUUAAUAAUAAUAAUAAUAUUAAUAAUAACUCAGCAAUGAACAUUGAUAAUGGGAAUUUAAGUUUAAAUCAACCAAAUAUUAAUAAAUAUUUACACAUAGACCAACAUAGAGAAUUUUUAGGUGUAGAAUGGACUAAAUUAGUAAAAUUUAGGAAAAUAAUAAAGCCUUUAAAAUAA